AUGACCAAUUCCUGGAACCGUGACUUCCCGCAUUACACACCUACACAGACUAUGCACGCUGUCAACUCUCGUGAUAGAAACCCUCUUCCCUCGAUCGCACCUGAGGCCUUGAGGCGGACCCCACCACCAUCGACAUCACCGCAGCGAGAUGAACCCGCAACUCCUCCCCCGGCGACCGACCCUUUCUACCUUCCACGGUUAGGCAAAGCGCACGCCUCUGAUAUCCCUCUCUACGAGCGCUUUGUGGGAUGGUACGACUUUUGGAACAUGCACAAGCGCGUAUUCCUUAACCUUUGUCAAGUUCCGUCAAUCCUCCACAUGCAGCCGGCGGUCAGGGAUCUCUGCUGGAACGAGAAAUCACGCGUCACCAAUGUUGCGAGAGGCGGGCUAAACAGGCUCAUCAUCUGGGUGGAGAUUAACCGUUCGGUUUGGUUGCCGAGAGAUUGGUUCGAGAAUUUGAGGGUGGAGGGUGGAGGAGUUGUGGGGAAGGACAAUGGCAAGAAGUACAUUGCUGCGUGUACAAGUAAGAAGGAUGCGUGGUAUGCUAUGAAAAGGGAACAGCUUGCUGGUUUCCCCGCCCGCAGCACACAACCCCCGCAGAUAGGAGCCUGA